GGGUGAGAGCUGUAUGAAUGUGACUUACACCCAUCAGAGUAUCUGUGCUUUGAAAGGGUCAACAGUGGACAUAUCAUGCUUUUACACACAUCCCAGUUGGCAAAACGUCACAGAAGUAUCCUGGUUCAACAAAUGGAAGUCUGGUGUAACUAAAGACCUGAUCCAGGACUCAGAGUAUGCAGAUCGUGUGGAAUACCAUCGACAAACAGAAAAGGACUCCACCCUGAGAAUCACAGACCUGAGAGAGAGUGACUCAACUGAGUACAAGUUCAGAUUUACAACUGAUGAGGCAAGAUGGGGGUACAGCUUCCAUGGAACAACUUUGACUGUCACAGGUUUUCAGGUGAAGGUGACUCCUGAACAGUAUUCAGAGUAUAAGACACUGACCUGUAUCACCACCUGUACUCUGAGUAACCCCAACCCCAUCUAUAUCUGGUACAAGAACGGACAACAUCUAGAUGAGAGCACCUCCCCCCAGUACAAAGACCCAGUCUACAGUAACAGUAAAGACAGCUACUCCUGUGCUGUAAAAGGCCAUGAGGAUCUCCUCUCUCCUGCAGUGUGUGUUCAGGGUCAGAGCUGCAGCAGAGUGACUUACACCAAGAGGAGAAUAUGUGUCUUGAAGGGGUCAACAGUGGACAUAUCCUGUACUUAUGUUGGUUAUUAUUCCACCACAUCAUCAUUCUGGUUUAGAAGUGAUACGACAACCCCUGAAGACCUAACCACAGACCCAGGGUAUGCAGGUCGUGUGGAGUACACUGGAACAUACAGAGGUCCCUUCACCCUGAGAAUCUCAGAUCUGAGAGAGGAGGACUCAGCUGAGUAUCGCUUCACCUUUAAAACAAACAACAUUGAAUGGGGUCGUAGUUUCCCAGGACCAACUCUGUCUGUCACAGUGUGUGAGUAUGAAUGA